GUUCAAUCAAUCCAAUGGAGAGAGAGGACAACUCCGUGCCUGCUCAUGCUCAGCCCAAUGCAUCCAUUCUGGCGACAGAGUCUGUUGUGAAAGAGGGUGAAGCAAUGUCGAAGAGGCAGCUGAAGAAGCUCCGACGUGCAGAUCGUGACCCGGCGGAGCGCCAGGCCAAGAAACGAAAGUCGAAGCGAGACGCGAAGAAUGCCAAGCGCUUUCAAGCCGAGGAGCCCAAGUACUCGUUCGCAAAUGGCUAUCGGAUGGUGGAGCCAUACGUGUACGAGUUCCGCACGUAUGCCAAGGCACGAUGGUUCGGCCGCGAAUUGCUGGAGAUAUUUACGAAGGAAUUCGGCGCCAAUUCUCCAGAGUACUACAAAUUCGCCAUUGCUUCGGGACGCAUCUCAGUGAACCUCAAGAUCGUACCGGCCGACACUAUUAUCAAGAACGGAGACUUGAUCAUUCAUACUGCUCAUCGGCACGAGCCGCCCGUGUCUGGCGAGGACGUGUCAGUGGUGUACGAGGACGACGAUCUGAUUGUCGUGUCGAAGCCUCCAUCCAUGCCCACGCAUCCGUGCGGUGCAUAUCGACAUAACUCGUUGCACACUAUCUUGCAAGCGACCCGACCCGAUCUUCCACAGCUGAACAUCGUUCAUCGGCUGGAUCGACUUACAUCUGGCGUUGUACUCCUCGCAAAGAAUGCGGCCAAAGCGAAGGCUUUAUCAUCAAUCAUCGCGGACCGCCAAGCUUCCAAAACGUACCUUGCGCGUGUGCGUGGGCAAUUUCCGGAUGGCCUCAAUGCUGAAGCUCAAGACGAGCUGGUGAAUUUGGCAAAAGAAAAGUGCCCGGCUAGUGUCAUUACGUUUCCAGAAGAGGGAGCCAUCCUUAUCAGCUGCCCACUGCGCUGUCUGUCAGCCCGUGAUGGUGUCUGGGAGUGUCACGAAGAGGGAAAACCUUCUGAGACUUUGGUGCGGCUUGUUCGCACAGACAAGAGCACCAGUCUUAUGAAAUGUAAGCCAGUCACAGGAAGAACGCAUCAGAUUCGUCUACACCUGCAGCUCAUUGGUUUCCCCAUUGCCAAUGACCCGUGCUAUGGAGGAGAGUUACAUUUUGGUGAGAGCGCAGAACGUGCCCAAGAAAUCGCGGCUGCCAAGCGCAGCAAAGCUGAUCUUCCGCCCAAGGACCCCGUCGAUUUUUCGACUCCUCGUAAAAAGAACGAAAGUGAAGAAGAAUUCAUGAAACGAACGUGCACGUGGUGCUAUGUUGGCGAAGCUGAAGCUUUCAAUGAAACGCAGCUGCAUUGCUCGAAGAUCUGGCUACAUGCACUAGAGUACAAGCUUGAUGGCCAAAUGUUCAAGGUGCCCGAACCAAGUUGGGCUGCUCCUUCAGCGGAGUACUAACCAGUAACUAGGUUGAGACGCGCUGUUUCUUUUCUUGGUUAGGUCCGAAAAGCGCUGUCGAGGAGUAACGGGUAGUCGAUGGAGGAGUUGGUGGUUGGGAAAAAUUUAUCUGCGAGCAGGUACGAGUCGUUGUCAGAUAAUUGCGGGGCAACAGAUAGAAGCGCAUCCAUGAAUUCAUCUUCGCGCAAUCGGCCAUUCUUCUCGACAUCUCGUUCACGUAAAGCCUUACGUAGCUGGUAUUUUCGAGUGCCAAAGACUCGUUGCAGUAAGCUAACAACUCGAGGGUCCGCUAGUGCUUGCGAGGGCUGCUCAAUUUUGCGAGCAGAUUGCGGAGGUGCGUAAACUGGUUCUGAACUGCUCGUCGCUCGUUCGGUUGAGCGUCCGCUUCCUGGUGGCAAUGCAGCACCACCUUCAUUGGAGACAUCCAAGCUGAAAUCAAUGUCCUUCGGGUCAACUUGUUCCGGUGUUUGAUCGGACGGCAGUUGAAAGAUAUGGUCGCACAGUCGGUGGAUGUCGAUUUUACCGUUGCUUGCUGUAAAUCUGGAUGUGAGUGCAUCGACUUCUGGCUUUGACAGCGUCACGGCCCGAUCAUCCGUAACACGCAGCAGAUGGGAGAGCGAGACAUAGUCGCUAUUCGAUUCAGCGUAAGACAAGAGUUGUCUAAGCGAUCGUAUUCUAAGCAGCUUCCAGCUCAUGCUGCGUUCUGCGUCUUUACGCUCCUCUUGCGAGGGUGGUUUACUCACAAGAGCAGAGAGAUCAUCGCAGAAGUCAUCAUACGCGAACAGUGGCUCCUCACUCAGGUUGUUGUCGUCAAUCUUGAACUUCCUGAAUAAUGUUAUCAUCUGCUGUGCAUUUAAACCCGACGCGAGUCCUGCUUGGUUCAUCACAGUUUUUAUCGCUCCAAUGCUCACAAAAUGCAAUUUGUUGCUAUCGAGUUGUCGCCAUUCACGACGCAAGUUCACAUGGCGAGGUCCGUUCAUCCAGAGUUUACCCGUGAGGGAUAACACUGCAGAGCUGUCUGAGAAACGGAAGACUUCAGGAUAACUCUCACAGAAGCUCAGAGUCUGUGAAUCAGCCUCCACUAGUUCCAGUCGUUGGUACGGUGAGAAUUCAAAGGUAAGAACAGCACCCACGUACAUAUCUGAUGCCUGGUAAUGCAAUGGAACUCCUUCAUCUUUCGUCAUCGUGUUUUGAAUUAGCUUGAGGUCUUUGCGAUAGCGAGCACGAUCCAGAAAUCGGCCGCCCAAUACUCCCGAGUUUCGUAAUCGUGGUUCAAAUACAGCUAGCGUUUCGUCUUCAAGAAAGUAGGUGACUACAAAUUCACGUUGCGCAUUCAUAUCCCCGCG